AUGAAGCUCUCCCUCGCCCUCCUCGCCGCCACGGCCGCCACGCUCGCCACUGCCCUGCCCGCGGACCAGCCCAUCUCGCUCGCCCCGCGCGAGGACCACACCGAGGCCGCGAACCACGCGUAUGAGCUGGCCCUCAAGGCCGCCGAGGGGCGCGUGCAGUCGCCCAACGACGUCGAGGCUGCCCCCGAGCCGCCCGCGGGCAGCAACGACAAGCGCCAGUGGCCCCCCAACUACGGCUACCCGUACACCAUCACCACUACGCCGUGCUACUUUGGCCCCAACAUGUUCCUGCCCGUCAUGGCCACUUACCCGCCCAACACGGACGUUGCGAUCACUUGCAAGACCAACUCGGGCUUCUACAACAUCGGCGGCAUGUGCUACACCCCCUGGUGGAACAUUAGCCCCAACGUCGUCAUCAACGUGAAGUGCUAA